AUGGAUUCUCCAUCAUCGCAAGACAACGAUAUCGAGGUGAACGUGGUAUCUGGAGCCAGCAGUCCAGAUAUCCCUUCAUCUCCAUCCAGGAAGGACCAGAAGUCGCCAUUCUACGACCUGAAGAAAGACGACAAAGCGACAGGCAGCGCCCCCUACACCAGUUUCUCAAUUAGCUCUAUAUUGAAUAGGACGGAGCCGAGGAGGGAAACGAAUGUCUUGGAAGCGGCGAUCGCUGCUAAUCACUUCGGAAGCGCCAACGAUGCUAUGCUCUCUAGGCUGGGUCUUAUUUCCCAAUGGAGUGCCCUAGCAGGCCGGUACGGAGGUUUGGUACCUGCCCCCUGGUAUUGGCAGAGGCCCCAUGAACGAACCCCUCCUAGAGAAGACUCGACAACGAACGAAGACGGUUCAGCCGGGGGUUCCCCGCGCCCGCGUACCCCGCCCCGCGCUCCUUCACCCCCAAGCCCAUCACGAUCCUCACCGCGGUCGCCUCGUCUCCACCCAGCACUGUACCAGCAGCAGCCAGACCCUCAAGACUCAGACCCCGAUAUAGACGAAAGCGACGACUUCGACAAAGACGAGAAACGAGAUCCAAACACCAAUUUAGGGAAACGGAAGAAGAAGACCAGAACAGUGUUCUCUCGCUCCCAAGUCUUUCAAUUGGAAUCCACCUUCGAUAUGAAGAGGUACUUGAGCAGCUCAGAACGAGCCGGAUUAGCUGCCAGUUUACACUUAACCGAGACGCAGGUGAAGAUAUGGUUCCAAAAUAGACGGAAUAAAUGGAAGAGGCAGCUGGCUGCGGAACUGGAAGCGGCUAAUAUGGCUCACGCCGCGCAGAGGUUGGUGCGCGUACCGAUAUUAUACCACGAGUCGAGACCGACGACGAUCCCCCACACUCCGUUGCCGUUGCACCCACAGUUCUCGAGUGAAUCCGGUGUGUACUUCCCCCCGCAAGCCCCGCAGCAGUUGCAACCGUUGCCCGCGUCGCCGGUGACUUCGCGGGCCCCUCUGUCCAGUUUGGUGUAG